AUGCCAAAGUCCGUGAAGAAGUCCUGCACGGCUCAGACCUCCAUCAGCAGGUACUUCAACACUCAAAAGCCUGCAGAGCACCAGUUUCCAAGAGGCAAGGUGAGGAUUUCCUCUCAGGAUGAUUGUGGAUUACCAGCAAAACGAGCCAAACUUUCCCCCCAAGGCCAGAAGGUGAAGGAGGAUCUGGACAGUGAGAUUACAUCCUGUCAGAGCACAAAAGAGACAAAGCAACCUGUGAGCAGAGGAGCAGGUGGCCUCUGCUCCUCCACCUUGGAGAAGUUGAGAGGCUUCACCUGCACGACUGAGCUCAGUGACACUGAGAGGGAGGUGAAAGAGACGGCAGGUGCCAGCAGUAAAAUCUGUAACCAGGGAAGCAGUGGCUGGCGUCCUCAUGAUGUUACAGAUCAACACAGCAAUAACAACAGACUCCAGCAGGCAGAAGUGGAGGAUGAGGAGGAUGAGGAUGAGGUCAAAGAAAGGGGGGAACCAAAACAGGGGGUCUGCUUCUCUCAGUUUGUCAAGCCAGGAAGUGGAGGAGGAGGAGGAAGGGGAAGAGGAAGAAAAGCAGCAGGGCGGAGUCCUCCAUCAGACUCUAGUGCCCCCUCCAGAAAUUCAAAGACUGUGUACACUCCUCUGGAGCAGCAGGUCAUCCAGCUGAAACAGCAGCAUAAGGAUGCCUUGCUGGCUGUGGAGUGUGGUUACAAGUACAGGUUCUUUGGAGAGGAUGCAGAGAUUGCAGCAAGGGAGCUGAAUAUCAUCUGUCAUCUGGAUCAUAACUUCAUGACCUGCAGCAUCCCCACACACCGUUUGUUUGUUCACGUCAGGCGGCUGGUGUCUCAUGGACACAAGGUGGGUGUGAUUAAACAGACGGAGACAUCUGCGAUCAAAGCUUCAGGGGCCACUAAGAACGCUCUGUUUGGUCGCCAGCUCAGCGCUCUAUACACAAAGUCCACUCUGGUGGGAGAGGAUGUAAAUCCAGUCUGCAAACUGGGGGAUGUGGAGGAGGGUGACUGUGGUGACGUGAUGUCAGACCCUCCUGAAAGCUUCCUGCUGUGUAUCAGCGAGACCUGGGACAAGUUGAAGAAGCAGCUGACUGUAGGGCUGGUGGCAGUUCAGCCCAGCACAGGAGACGUGUUGUUCGACUGUUUCCCUGAUAGUCAGUCUCGCUCUGAGCUGGAAGGUCGUGUCCUGAAGAUCAACCCUGUGGAGAUCCUGGUGCCCUACGACCUCUCAGAACAAACCCUCAGACUCCUGCAAAGCAUCACCAAUGCCAGCGCUCGGGAAGAUGACAGUGUCCGAAUUGAGAAGAGGGACAACACUCAGUUUGAGUUCGCCUCUGCUAUGAACACAGUCACAGAGUUCUACUGCCGCACAAAGGACAAAGGCUCUCGCUCUCUGUCGAGUGUAGCAUCCUUGGAGAGUCCAGUGAUUUGCUGUCUGGGGCCUCUGAUCCAGUACCUCCAAGAAUUCAACUUAGAAAGAGUUCUUAGGAGUGAAAGCUCAUUUCGACAUCUGAACUGUGAUUCGGAAGCUAUGAUCCUUAGUGCUGCCACCCUCAGGAACUUGGAAAUCCUCAACAAUCAGACAGAUGGUGGUGUGAAGGGCAGUUUGUUGUGGGUGUUGGAUCAUACUCGCACUCCAUUUGGGAGGAGACGGAUGAGGAAGUGGGUUAGCCAGCCCCUAAAAGACCCACAGUCUAUCUCUGAGAGGCAGGAUGUGGUGCAGGAGAUCCUCGAGUCAGACUCUCUCACUUUAAACUCGCUCAGAUCCCUGCUGUCACAUUUGCCCGACCUGGAGCGAGGCAUCUGUAGCAUAUACCACAAAAAGUCUUCCACACAGGAGUUUUACCUCAUUAGUAGCAGUCUCUCUCGCCUGGGGCUUGAACUGCAGGCCCUGCUGCCAGCCAUCCAAGCACAGAUCAGGUCAACGCUACUUCAAGGGCUUUUGUUGGACACUCCUGGGCUCCUGGCUCCAGCCCACAGCUUCCUCAAUGUGCUCAAUGAAAAGGCGGCCAAGUCUGGCAAUAAGACAGAGCUGUUCUCAGACCUGUCCGGCUUCCCCGUGCUGCGGGAAAGGAGGGAGCAAAUCCAGAAUGUUCUCAAUGAAAUCCAAGACCACCGCAGAGACAUCAGGCUGGUGCUGAAGGCCCCCUCAUUUGACUACACGACUGUGUCUGGACAGGAGUUUCUGAUUGAGGUGAGGAACUCACAGUCUUCCACCGUUCCACCUGGCUGGACCAAAAUCAGCAGUACUAAGGUGGUUGGCAGGUAUCACUCUCCAUUUCUGGUGGAGCACUACAAGAAGCUGCAGCAGCUCCGGGAACAGCUGCUGCUGGACUGCCAGAGAGAGUGGACCAAUUUUCUGGAUCAGUUUGGGGAGCACUAUCACACCAUGAAAAGGGCUAUUAGUCACCUAGCAACCAUGGACUGUCUCUUUUCAUUGGCUGAGGUGGCUAAACAAGGGGACUAUUGCAGGCCAAAGGUGUGUGAAAGUCAGCGUCAGAUUAUGAUCAAGGAUGGCAGACAUCCUGCCAUAGACGUAUUGAUGGGAGAACACAACCAGUAUGUGCCCAACCAUACAGAACUACAGGGUGAUGGCAGGAGAACUAUGAUAAUUACUGGUCCUAAUAUGGGAGGUAAGAGCUCCUACAUUCGCCAGGUGGCCCUGAUCUGUGUUAUGGCCCAGAUGGGCUCCUACGUCCCGGCGCUUGAGGCCCGUCUGGGCAUACUGGAUGGCGUUUACACCAGGAUGGGGGCGUCAGACAACAUCUACAAAGGACGUAGUACGUUCAUGGAAGAGCUGACAGAGGCCUCAGCCAUCAUUUUCCGUGCAACCGAGCGCUCAUUGGUCAUCCUGGAUGAACUGGGGCGAGGCACAAGCACCCAUGACGGAAUCGCCAUCGCCUAUGCCACCCUCGAGUACUUCAUCAGAGAUGUCAAGUCCCUCACCCUGUUUGUGACCCAUUACCCUUCUCUGUGUGAGUUGGAGCAGGUGUAUCCUGAACAUGUGUCCAACUAUCACAUGGCUUUCCUACUCAAUGAACCUGACAUCACUACUGACACUGAAGAUGGACAGGUUCAGCCAGAGUUCAUCACCUUCCUCUACCAGUUAACUGAAGGAGCUGCAGGGCGGAGUUACGGCCUGAAUGUUGCCCGAUUGGCUGACAUCCCCGAUCCUAUACUACACACUGCUGCACUGAAGUCCAGAGAGCUUGAGAACAUGGUCAACUCCAGGAGGAAGAAUAAGAAGAUACUGUCAGAUAUUUGGAGCAUCUCCGACAGAUCGUCCCUCAUGAAGUGGCUGCAGUCAAACUCCUAACAUCACACUCGCAUUCAUACUCAAAGAAGCAGAGAGAACUCUGAUGGAGUAGUGUGCUCUGGUUUUGCUAGUGUGUGUGCAUGUGUAGGUGUGUUAAAAAUAUGUGUGUCAAAAGGUUUCUGGUCCUCACUAUUUUCUGUACUGUAACUUGAAUAUUAGCAUCAAUUUAAUAUCAAAUGAUCACAGUUUUACCAG